AUGCGAAUUCCAUUUUAUACUGUUUCUGCGGAAUACCUAGGUUUUUUCGUAGCAUUUAUUACUAAUGUUACAUUAAUCUACUUAAUCAUAACAAGAACUCGACAGAACUUUGGUUCAUACAAGUACUUAAUGCUAUGGUUCGCUGCAUUUUCACUUUGGUACUCCAUAAUUGAUAUUCUAACUCAACCAGCAAUGCAUUCAUAUCUCAAUAGUUUUAUUGUAUUUUGUGCAAGUUGGUUUAAGUAUGAUCCCCUAUUGGCUUCAAUAAUUAUCCCAACUUACUGCACUUCAUACGGACUAACACUGGUCCUGCUUGCCAUUCAUUUCGUCUAUCGAUAUAUUGCGAUGAUCCAUCCAAACGAAAUUCGUUGGUUCAAAUAUCCACGUGCACUGAUUGUCGGAUCUCAAGGCGAAAUUCAAAUUCAAUGGAAAAGUUGUUUGGCAAUGACCAAUGUAUAUUGCAUUGCAAUAACUACUCUUGUUACAAUAAUGUCUCUGGGCUAUUCUAUAUAUAUAAAGAUGCAGUCAGUUAACGACAUGGUAGCAGAAAAGACACGAGCACUUCAAAGGCAACUGUUCCAUGCACUUGUACUUCAGACAAUUGUUCCAAUCAUCUUUAUGUACACUCCAACAACGAUCCUAUUCUUAUGCCCUAUAAUUGGUGUUGAGCUAGGAAUGAUUGCAAACAUGACUUCAGUUUGUUUGGCUCUAUACCCUGCUUUAGAUCCUUUAGUUGUUAUGUACUUCAUUAAAGACUACCGCAGUUAUUUGCUCAAAAAAAUGAAUAUUUCGAAAAAAGUAUCAACAGUGACCGGAGCAACUUCCGUCUUCAGGAACGAGGAUGAGAUCAUUUGA